AUGGACCUGGUGUCAUUUCCUAGGAGGCUGUACACAGAAGGAGAAGAACCAGAAUAUGACCGCAGCGUUGGCUACUACAGCAAGAACACUGAGCUGUGGCAGAAACUGCACGCUGUACUGAAGGAGGAGUGGAGUGAGCUUGAGAAUUCCAAUCUGGGACCCCUCUUCAUGUUCACAAAGCUCGACUUUAAAUGGGCAUCGGUUGUGAUACGAUGUAUGCUCACUAUGCAAGUGGUAUGUGAGAAGGAGUAUGAGAUCUGGAGUGUCGUGGGUGUGCAGCCACUGCGUUUUUCAUUGAACGAGUUUGAACGCAUUACCGGGCUCAACUGCGAGUAUAAAGCUGCUUUGACGAAGCCAGAAGCUAUUGAGACAGACGAGAUGAAAGAGUACUGGCGGAAGCUUGGAGUGAAUAUCAAGGUUGGUCCGAGCAUUGACAAUCUCGUAGCAGCUUGCAAGUGGGCCGGAGAUUGGAGCAGAGAGGAUAGGCUGAGGCUUGGCUACCUGGCCGUAUACGCUGGCUUUAUUGAUGCCCAGAAAUCUUCAACUCCUACAAGUUUAGCACUGGCUAGCCAAGUGAUGGACUUGGAGAGGUUUGAAAGCUAUCCUUGGGGGCGAGUAGCUUUCAACACCCUCAUCAAGUCUGUUAAGGAAGCAGACUUGUCGAAGCCAUUUAUUCUCGCCGGUUUCGCUGAAGCCCUGCAAGUUUGGGCGUAUCAUGCUAUGCCGAAAUUCGGAGAAGAGAGUGGUGAUCCCAUGCCUAUUAAUCCUGAGCCACCGCUGUUAGCUUUCAAGGGAAUCAAAGGGAAGAGAUAUGUGAUCGGAACCAUGAAGAAGCAGGUGCUGUUCAAUCACAUGGUAAUGGUGGACAAGGAAGACGUGUACCCACGUUGGUAUAAGGAUGUUGAUGACCAGAAGGUGGACAACAUCAUCAAGGCUUUGCUUGGGAAACUUGGUGGAAAAUGGAACUGGAAACCAGCUGACUGGGUAAACGAAGGGAUAAUCGCUGUGAAGUCCGAGAAGGCAGUGAAGUCAGAGAAGUCUCAUGUCAAGAGGAGUAUCUCUGAUGAGGAUGAUGAAGCAAUCAGUGUAAAAAGGGCUCGGACCUUUGGUUAUUCAGCUGCGCAGGCCUCUGGUGAUGGCUGGAACCGUCUCGAGUCGAAGAUGGAGGAGCUGUUUAAAGACUUCUCCGAUAAGCAGUCUGAACAGAUGAAGCUUGGGUUAGAGAAUGUCGAGAAGAAGGUUCAACUACUUACUACUCAAGUGGCUAUCCUGGGGAGGAUUUUCAAGAAGGGUUCGCUUCAUACUUCUGCCGAGCAUGUGAAGUCCAGUGAGUCAGAUGAGAAGGAUCCUGCUGGUGGCUCAGAUGCGACGGAUCCUCCUGGUGGGUCAGAUGCGAAGAAGGAUCCUCCUGGUGAGCCGCAAAACGGCGAAGAGGAUAAAGAUGCUUGCGGUACUGCUGAGGAAGACUCGGAAUGUAAUUUUCUCCGAACCCAUUAUCCGAGUGCCUCUGAACUUGACGCGGAGAAGAAGAAGCAAGUAGAACAGAUCAAGCAGGAAAAUCGUUUAGCACGAGGUAAGAGUCAGAGAACUCGGACUCUGUCGCAUACACAGACAGGUGCAUACCUAGGAAACAGCACCGCCAGGAGGAUAGUCCUGAACAAUCCGCCGGAGGCACCGAAACCAGCUAAGGCCAUCACUAAACCGAAGAGGCAAACUCGUGGUAAAGCAGGUGUUGCGAAACAAGUUAGUGCAAAGGAAGAAGCUGAUGCGAAAGCAGCUGCUGCUGCGAAACAAGCUGCUGCGAAGGAAGCAGCUUCUGCGAAACAAGCUGCUGCGAAGGAAGCAGCUGCGAAAGAAACAGCAUCUGUGAAACAAGCACCAGCGAAAUUAGCGGUUUUGAAAGUACCUGGUGGGUAUGAUCUAUUUGCUGUUGCGGCCGAGGAAAGCAAGAAAGAAAUGGCUGAUUACUGUGCCACCUUACCGGGUUAUCCGAUGAAGGCGCCGGAUAAACAUGAUUACCCACUUUGGUAUUGGUGGUGGACUCUGCUAACUGAGGAAGAGUGGCUGGAUGACACUCAUGUCAGUGCCUGGACCAGAAUGAUGGCUCGUCGCCUGGAAACGCACCCGGACUGGUUUAAGAGUGAUAGGAUCAUGUUUCUUGACAGUAGGAUCACACAGUAUUGGGCGAGGGACUGGCCAAAUUUCCAGGCCUGUGAACUUCUUCCUGCCCAGUCACUGGACUGGUAUUUUGGGAAGCUCCCGAGAAGCAACCCCACCGGGAAGAGAUGGGCCUAUGAUAUUGAUGAUUUAUACAUCCCUCUUAGCGUCUCGCAGACACAUUGGGUCGCCCUGCAUGUCUCCAUCCCGAAACGGCACAUUGUCGUCUACGACAGUUUACCGGGCUCGAUCGAAGAUAAGAUAAUGGAGUCGGUUGUCGAACCUUAUGCUGCGAUGAUGCCGAACCUGAUGAAACAAGCUGCUAAGGCAGAUGAUAAACCCUACUUCCCUUUAGAUAAGUACACUGUAGAGUUUCCAACAAAGGGUGUGCCAUACCAAAACAAUGGUGGAGAUUGUAGUCUGUUUGUCCUGAAGUACAUGGAGUGCCUAGCACUUGGAUAUACCACAUUUCCAGAGACAUUCUGCCAGGCCAACGCCACAACAGCACGGGAGAAGAUUGCAUCUUAUUUGUUUCAUGAAAUUGACUGCCGCGGACCGAUAGAGGACCCAAGAGACUGGGAAGGACUUGAUUUGUUAGAUUGA